CGGCGGCCUCCUGAGCUGCAUACAGCAACGCGCUCUUCCCAGCUCCUCCACACCUGCCUCGGCCCACUCACCGGCUGUCAUAAAUGGUGAAAGAAACCACUUACUAUGAUGUUUUGGGGGUCAAACCCAAUGCCACCCAGGAAGAACUGAAAAAGGCUUAUAGGAAGCUGGCCUUGAAGUACCACCCUGUUAAGAAUCCAAAUGAAGGAGAGAAGUUUAAAGAGAUUCCUCAAGCUUACGAAGUGCUCUCUGAUGCAAAGAAAAGGAAAUUAAAUGACAAAGGAGGAGAACAAGCAAUUAAGAAAUGUGGAACAGGUGGUGGUUUUGGUCCCCCCAUGGACAUCUUUGAUAUGUUUUUUGGAGGAGGAGGAAGGAUGCAGAGAGAAAGAAGAGGUAAAAAUGUUGUGCAUCAGCUCUCUGUAACCUUAAAAGAAUAUAAUGAUGCAAGGAGAAAACUAGCUCUACAAAAGAAUGUGAUUUGUGACAAAUGUGAAGGCCGAGGUGGUAAGAAAGGAGCAGUAGAGUGCUGUCCCAAUUGCCGAGGUACUGGAAUGCAAAAAAGAAUUCAUCAGAUAGGCCCUGGAAUGGUUCAGCAAAUUCAGUCUGUGUGCAUGGAGUGUCAGGGCCAUGGGGAAAGGAUCACUAAAGAUAGAUGUAAAAGCUGCAACGGAAGGAAGAUAGUUCGAGAGAAGAAGAUUCUAGAAGUUCAUAUUGAUAAAGGCAUGAAAGAUGGCCAGAAGAUAACAUUCCAUGGUGAAGGAGACCAGGAACCAGGACUGGAGCCAGGAGAUAUUAUCAUUGUUUUAGAUCGGAAGGACCAUGCUGUUUUCACUCGACAAGGAGAAGACCUUUUCCUCUGUAUGGACAUACAGCUGGUUAAAGCUUUGUGUGGCUUCCAAAAGCCAAUAGCUACUCUUGACAACCGAACCAUAGUCAUCACCUCUCAUCCAGGUCAGAUUGUCAAGCAUGGAGAUAUCAAGUGUGUAUUAAAUAAAGGCAUGCCAGUUUAUCAUAGACCAUAUGAAAAGGGUCGCCUAAUCAUCGAAUUUAAGGUAAACUUUCCUGAGAAUGGCUUUCUCUCUCCUGAUAAACUCUCUUUGCUGGAAAAACUCCUACCUGAAAGGAAGGAAGUAGAAGAGACUGAUGAAAUGGACCAGGUAGAACUGGUGGACUUUGAUCCAAAUCAAGAAAGACAGCGCCAUUACAAUGGAGAAGCAUAUGAGGAUGAUGAACAUCAUCCUAGGGGUGGUGUUCAGUGUCAGACCUCUUAAUGGGGCCAGUGAAUAACACUCACUGCUGGCAUUUUAUAUACAGUAGUGAAUGAGUGAAGGACUGUAACCAUAAUAUGCUCACUACUUGCUAUUGUUUUUGUUUUAAUAUUCAAGUAUAGUAGUGUUUUAAAAGUUAAAUGAAGAAUAAACUCAAAUAUAAAAGCUCUGA